AUGCCCGCUGCCUGCCGCCCCUCCUGCAAAGCCCCACUGCUGGCAUCCCCCCCCCUGGGCAGCCCCCUGCUCCCCGAGCCCCCUCCUCUGGGUAGGAGCAAGAGCAAGAAGCGGAGGAACAGGACGACCUUCAGCACCUUCCAGCUGGAGGAGCUGGAAAAGGUCUUCCAGAAGACUCAUUACCCCGACGUGUUCGCCCGCGAGCAGCUGGCACUGCGCACAGACCUGACCGAGGCCAGGGUGCAGGUCUGGUUCCAGAACCGAAGGGCCAAGUGGAGGAAACGGGAGCGUUAUGGGAAAAUCCAGGAGGUGAGAACCCCCCGUUGCACCCCACAUCACCACGCUCGACCCCAACUGCAGAACAACCUGUGGCCGAGUUCUGGCAGCCCUGCAGGGCCCUGCCUCGUGUCCCCCGACAGCGUCCCAUCGCCGUGCGUGUCUCCGUACCCCCACACUCACACCAACAUCACCAGCUUUGUGGGCAUCCCUGCCUCUCCCGUCCACCCCCCCGGCAUCAACAGCCUCUACUCCCUGCACGGCCUCACCCCCCCGAGCCUCAGUGCCCCCCAGUUCGAGCCACCACCAUCGGAGAAUGACUACAAACCUCCCACCCUGGUGACGCUGCGGAUGAAAGCCAAGGAGCCGGGCAGCCUGCUGGGCUGGGCCACGUAACCCCUGCAUGGGACACAGCCCCCAUGGCAGCGUGGUCCACGCAUCCCUCCUGCAUCCCAAUCUGCCACAUUGCUGCAGCCCGGCCCUCUGCAUCAGGACCCUCCCUUCAAUGGGGGAACGGGGGGAGCAGAGCUCAGCCCAGAGCAGCUGGGGUCUGAUAGAGGGGGCUGUUGGCUUUGCCCAGCGUCUGCACCACGGAGGUGCGGGGAAAUCACUCCUAAACCCCAGCUGCAGAGCACACAGCAUCCCAGCACCCGUCCUGCCCAGACCCCAAUGGACAGCUGGGGCAGGCGGGGGGAAUGAGUGCUGGGAGAGGGGGAUCGCUGGGGGUAGAGGAAAGGCUGGGGGCAGAGCCAGCCCACCCUAUCACGAUGCCCACCCCAGGCUAAAGGAGCCCUCAGAGCUUCCCUGCACCUCAGCCAAAAAACCCACACCAAAACAUCGAUCCCAACUCUGCCCCCAGCUCUGCUGCAUCCCGAUGUCAGAGAAGGAAAGUGGGGACCCCCCAGGAGGGGCCCAGCCUUCACCACCAGCUCCAUUUGGGUCAAAAAACACCCAAACCCAAAAGUUUCUGUGCAAAAGCCCCAAAAACUGGGCCACAGGGAACACAGCCCCAUGGGGAGACCCAUGCUGCUCCACAGCCCCCUCCCACCCACAGAGAUUUUGCUCCCUUAUAAACAAUAAAACCCCACUUUUAGGAACCUGAUUU